AUGGCGUUCAUUAGGAAGAAACUGGUGGUAGGUCAGUACGUCAGCGUGCACGGGGAGGUCAUCAGUCACGUCAACAUCUCCGGAGUGAGGGUGGAGGACGGCGGGAGUUACUCCUGCUCGGCUACUAAUAGUGCUGCUUCUGUUGUUCACUCCGCUCCACUCCAUGUUUACGGACCUCCACACGUGAGGGCGAUGGGCGCCGUGUCUGCCGUGGCAGGGGAGACCUUCAGAGUGAGGUGUCCCGUGGCAGGAUUCCCCAUCAAGGCGAUCAAGUGGACCAAACUGGGUCGCGAACUGCCGAUCAACGUGCGGCAGAGCGUCACGAUCGACGGAGAGCUGAUCAUCAACAAGGUGACCCGAGAUGAGGACGAAGGAGACUACACCUGUACAGCUUCCAAUAACAAUGGCCACACCUCCUCGCAGUCUCUGCCGCUCCGUGUUAACCACCACAGGUAG